AUGAGUCAGCACGAAUACAAGUUUGAAGUUAUCAUGACUUGCUCUGGCUGUUCGGGCGCUGUUUCUAAGGUUUUGUCCAAGCUCGAUGGAGUGGACUCCUUCGACGUGUCAUUAGAGAAUCAGACAGUUGUUGUCAAAGGUUCAGCACCGUACCAGACCGUGUUGGAGAAGAUCAAGAAGACUGGCAAGGAAGUCAAGCAUGCAGAGGUUGUCAACUAG